UUAAGGAGAUAUCCUUAAAUAGUCCAAAUGAGGCAACUCCGAUCCACAUUUCCAAUGCGGAUUAUGUCCUCGAAGAUGGUCUCCCUCGCGCUGGUAGCUGUCAUCCUCGGGAUUCAUCUCUUGCACGCUUGUCCAUUGGCCACUGCAAGUCUUUGCAAGCAGUAUGGCCACUCUUGCCUAGGAGGCCACGGGAAAAGAUCAGAGAACCAGCCAUCUCGUCUGAUGAAGUACCUUCUUCGUGAACUGGCCCAUCAGCCCAAACAGUCUCUCGAUAUAGCAUAUGCGGAUACAGAUGCCAUGAUGGAGAAUCGAGAUUUCUGGGAACAUCCCAGCAAACAGACGAACGACUGGAACUCGGAGAGAGACGUUAUUGAAAAAAAUAUUUUUGAAUGA